UGGAUUUCGUUCAACGUGUGCGGGCGGGACCGGCUUUAUCCAAUCACCGCAGGGCUGGCGAAUUGUUUCUUCGCUGAUUGGUGGGGAUUUUCCUGGAACGCAGGCGUAACGUAUGGAGCAGGCCGUAUUCCACGGUGUGGGAAUUCUGUGUAACCGAGAUGUGGCGUCUGUGCGCCCGCUGCCUACUGCUCCUGUGCACGGUGCUGGACGCCAGAGCUGUGUGCGAUAACGGACGGUUUAACAUUGAUGUGGACGUCCCGGAUAAAUCUGCCUACUUGUGUGCCGAGGAAUACUGGCCGCCCCCCGAGGUGCUUCCGAGUAUAUCCACGAGCUACAAGGAAGAGAACUCCUACCACGCCUGUAUGGACACGAAGAUAGAGUACACGUCCCGUAUCCCGAAUAGCGGGAUGCACCGACCAAAAUGGGCCAAGUAUGGAGAGUACAUCUACUGCCCACCCCAACGUUGGGUGCACAACCUCAAGAAAGGAGGGGUGUCUUUCCUAUAUCACCCCUGUGUCAACCCACAACUGAAGGAAGAAUUAGCCAAAGUGGCCCGAUCCUCCAUGUACAAGCAUAUCAUCACCCCUCUAAAGAGCCUCUCAAGAGAUCGGCCCAUUGCCUUGGCUGCAUGGUGUGCGACGUUGGAAAUGUCUCGCUUACGCCUGAACGAGGUUAGGGACUGGCUGCAGGCCAACGUCUACCAGCAACAUGAUCGUGGAAAGAAUGGCUAUUAUCAGCACCUGCUCAUCCAGCCGUCAUUGAUGAUGUUUGAUAAAGGCGCACGCUCUGGAAAUCACACAGAGGUGUUGAGCAAUUCCUUUUUAAACCUUGGCAAAUGGUUCAGCAAAGCUCACCCGAAGAAGAGGAGAGCAGUUUCCUUCCGUGGGUCUCUGUUACCCGUCACCCCUGUGGCUGAAGUUACCGCAAAGCAGUCACAGAAUGUAUUUGAAUCUCACAAAACAAACCUAUCAGACGCUGGUACUGUAGUUUCUUCUACUACAAAAACUGAGCGUGUAGAACCGGCCUCUUUGGCAGCUUCUCCUAUGCCCGAACAAGAAGGUCAUCUUGGAGGUACAGGAGGCAGCAUUCAGAGCACAGGGUUUAAUAAGACUGCUGAUAGCAGCGUUCCUGAGCCUCCAGGGCUGAAAGAAAUACCAGUCUUGGGAAAUAAUUCACAACAUAGUAACAAGGAGUCACCUCCGAUAGAAAACCGUGAAAAUACCUUUGUCAAGUUUGAGGACAACGAGGAAAGACCGUUACCAUCUACCCCAAGUCAAGAAUUGAAUGCUUCUAAAUACCUGGACAAUCACGUAAACGCGGUCCAGAAGGACAAUGUUGGAAAACCAGAUGUUGGAAACUCUGAAAAAUGGACUGACCAACCUCCAAAAGCCUUGCCAGCUACACCUCCAAAGUCAUUGGAAAACAACACGGGAGCGAAGAAAGAGUGCAUAUGUCAACACGAGCCAACACCACCUCCGCCUGCAGCCCAAAAGAGAUCUGGGACUGGACUGCAUAAGUCUUCUGAUGACUACUUGCUCACACCUCGUUCAGAGGAUGCAGCCUGGGCUGCCGCUUCUUUGAUCUUCUUAUUUGUAUUAUUGACCAUUUGCGUCCUUUACACGCAAAUUUAUAAGAAGUUCCGGAAGAGCCAGAGCCUGUACUGGGCUUCAGAAAGGCACUCUGAAGAAACCGAAACAGUGGCGUCUGUUAUUAAGAGAAGAUUAAUACAAGGCCACAGUAAGAGGAAGAAAUGGAUCAGCCGGAAGAAAAGCCCUGUGCUGCUGUAUGAGAGUUUAAGCGAGAGCUCUGACUAGGACGCAGGGGGUUGCACUUUAAUUUAUGGCUUAAGUGAUAUGUAUGUGGCGUCCAGUGAACAUUUGGAAGGUUUACAUGCAGAUAAAGAUUAUAACUGUAGGUGAAGUAACGCCACCAUUCCACUGCAAUGUCCAUUUCAUCACGAGGCACCUUUCAAUGUGAUUCCGACAUCGUGUGGAGCGAUACCGCCGAGUAAUGCCUGAUGAUCAAUCCGUGAAACCAGCUUAGAAACUCCAGGGGAACAGAAAACAGAUGUGGAUAGAUUUCCAAUCGUUUACCAGAUUUAUCCUGAAUAAUCUUUAAUGUUCAGAUCCAACCCGAUGCUUUUUUCUUUUAAGCAUAUAUUUUACACAAAAAAAAUUAUCUGCGUGCCAGAGAGCUUUAG